CAUAAAAAUAUCAAACAACACUACCGCAUUACAGUCACUAGCGCGGUGCCGAUCGCUCGUCUAUUUCGGCAGUAGUUUCUUCGCGUUGACUUAGUAAGCCUCGCGUGCGUGCGUGGAGGCUUGGUCGUUAAACGCAGCAGGCGGCACAGGUGUUGAGGAGUAGAGGUUGACUUUGGACUACACUUCCGUCAACAGAAAACAUCGGCGAAAAUGAGUGCCGCACUGGCGAUUGUGAUGGUCUUCGUGGGAUGCUGCAGCAAUGUGGUGUUUCUGGAGCUGUUGGUCAAGAUCGAUCCCGGUUCGGGCAACCUGAUCACCUUCCUGCAGUUCCUCUUCAUCGCCUUGGAAGGGUUCAUCAACACGUCCAAAUGCGGCACCGUCAAGCCGCGGAUCGGUCUCAAGGACUACCUCAUCCUGGUGGCCAUGUUCUUCGUUACCAGCGUGUGCAACAACUAUGCCUUCGAUUUCAACAUCCCGAUGCCGUUGCACAUGAUCUUCCGCGCGGGGUCGCUGAUCGCCAACAUGAUCAUGGGAAUCGUCAUCCUGCGGAAGCAGUACGCUCUCUCCAAAUACCUGUCCGUUGGAAUGAUCAGCGCCGGGAUCGUCAUCUGUACGAUCAUCUCCGGUAAGGAUGUCAAGAGCACCCAAACGGUGGAAAACGCCGAGCAAGAAGACCCGGUGACCGUGUUCUUCUGGUGGGCUGUGGGAAUAUCGCUCCUGACGCUUGCCCUCUUCGUGUCCGCCCGGAUGGGAAUCUACCAGGAAGUCCUCUACAAACGCUACGGCAAACACCCGAAGGAAGCUCUGUUCUACACGCAUCUCCUUCCGCUGCCCUUCUUCCUGCUCCUGACUACCAACAUUUGGGACCACAUCAAAAUAGCCAACGCCAGCGCCCUGUACGACGUGCCGAUCCUGAACAUCGGCAUCCCGAUCAUGUGGGUGUACCUCCUCGGAAAUGUCCUCACGCAGUACAUCUGCAUCAGUUCCGUGUAUGUCCUGACGACAGAGUGCACUUCCUUGACCGUAACGCUGGUAGUCACGCUACGGAAGUUCGUCUCGCUGUUGUUUUCGAUCGUCUACUUUAGCAAUCCGUUCACCAUCCACCACUGGAUCGGAACGCUGCUGGUCUUCACGGGGACGAUCAUCUUCACCGAAGUUAUCGACAAGGUGUGGAAUGCGGUGGCUCCCACCAAGCGAGAAGCGGUGGACAAGAAGGUCAACUAGUCGUAUAGAGGCUUCUACUAUAUACCGUCUGCGAUGGUGCUCCCAAAAAGAAUUGAUCAGGGUUUUGUUUUACGAAUGUAGCAACUACAUUGUUUUUGUCUUUUAAAAAAAGUAAUUUGUUGAAAGUUUGGUUUCUUAGAUUGUAUAGUGACUAACGAAAUUUUUGAACCGCAUACGAAGGGUAGAUGAGUAAAAUUGUUUCACAAGAAAAAGACACACACACACACAUAUUAACGACGAGUGAUAGCUAUUUGGUAGGGUAGAAUCAAAAAUGAGUACAAGAAGGAGUAUUAAUUUUUAGCUGAAUAAAGCAGCGGGCAUUUGUCAUCCUUCAUGAGUGGAAUAGUUUUCCUCUGUAAGCCACGAGGUUACCAUAAUUAGCGUUUACAUAAACUUUUUCAACGUCGAAUCUAAAACUAUGAAUACGUGGAUGGAGAAACUUUCUGAACUCAUGACGCGGAAGAACAACCAGCCAGUUUCAGCUGUAUUUUUGUACACCAAGUGCUAGCAUAGAGCAAUAAAAUGUAAAUUUCUCUUA